AUGGCUUAUCAGAAUACAUCAAAAGCAAAAAAACAAGAAGAAAAAUAUGUGCAACUGAUAAGGGAUUUAUCCGCUUUACCACAAAAUAAACAAUGUUUUGAUUGUCACCAAAAAGGACCUACCUAUGUGAAUAUGACCAUUGGAAGUUUUAUUUGUACUGCGUGUAGUGGUUUACUUCGCGGUCUAAAUCCACCACAUCGUGUUAAAUCGAUUAAUAUGUCAACAUUUACACAAGAUGAAGUUGAAUUUAUUCGCAACCACGGAAAUUCGUUAAAUAAAAUGGUUUACCUCGGUCUGUAUGAUUCAAAUACAGGUUUUAGUCCUGAUCCAAAAGACACAGAACGAUUUAAAGAGUUUUUAUCUCAGAAAUAUGAAAGAAAACGAUGGUUUGUUUCACCUACUGAAGCUGUCAAACAAAAAGUCAAAGCUGAAACAGAUGCAUUACUAGAAAAAGCAAAUAAUAACAACACAAAAACACCUACAGGUUCUACGACAGUAACGUUGUCACAAACAAACAAUACUCCAAAUUCAAAUCAUACUCACAGUGAAAUACAUCCUCCUCCGCCUCUUCAGCAACCUAGUCGUACAUCUAUCUCAGCAAAUAAUACUCAACCUCCAAUGCUCUUUUUUGAUGCACCAGUGACUACAUCAUCAACCACAGUGGAUUCAACAACAUCCGAUGUUUUAUUGGAUGUCUUCUCGUCACCGGCAUCUAUAUCACCGACUACAACUAAUUUCUUUAACAAUCAGACAUUUAGUUCGUUUACGACACAACCACAAAAUAAUGGUAGUAAUUGGAGUGCAUUUGCUGAGAACACUAAUGUAAAAUCUUCCGAUAAAGUACUAACUCAGCCACCAUCUGAACAGAUUGACAAAUAUGCAGCAUUAUCUGAAUUAUUUACUCCUCAGAAUACAGUAAAUGAUCAUUAUACUCAAAAUUCUUAUUCAGCAUUUGGCGCUCGAGGACAACGAACAUCUAUACCGAAUAUUUCGUCCUAUGCAACAGGAACAUCCAUAUUACCUACCAGCAAUUCAAUGUUCGCCAGCUCACCUAGCUACACAAAUUUUCAUAUGUCUCAACCGACUUCAGUAACAUCAAAUAUUCAAAUGCCUGUUUCAUCAUCCUAUAUGUCAAAUGUACAAGGACAAACUGCUAAUUCUCCAUUUAAUACAAACCUGAAUUAUUUUUCGUAUCCACCUCAUCCAGCAACAACUUCUUUUGCCAAUAAUCAAUCUUUUAAUCCUAAUCCAUUUCAAAAUCAAAUGAUGAUGCCAUCACAGCAAUCAUCAACAGGUCUCCCAUUUAUGGCACCACCUAGUAAUCAAGAAUCUUUUAGAAAAAAUAGUAAUAGUAGAGGAGGUGGUAUUUCAUUUGAUGAUCAUUCGAUAACAGCUGAAGAUAUAACUGAACAUACUCCAUUGAUCGACAAUGUCGAACAAAUCCAUCCUAAAAUUCGAACAACUGGCAUCAUCAUUUUUCACAUUUUUCUUACAAUCCUUUUUGAAGCAGCUAUAAUUGUUUUACCACUUUUAUGCCAUCCAAAUAAACAAUGUGUAUUGCAUGGUUAUGUUUAUUCUCUCUAUAUUCAUUCGGCUAGUUGGUUAUUCAACGUAGCUUUCGAUAGAUUUUAUCAUUAUCAGCAGGAUAAGUCACGGCGUAAUGGUUAUUUAGAAUUUUAUCGUAAAACGCACAAUUUAAGAAGAGCACCACUGUUUAUUAUCUCAGCUGGAAAUGCGAUUCUUGUUUCACUAAUCAAAGUGCUCGAAUAUUGUUAUGAUAAACCAUGUACAUCGUUAAAAUUAAGAGCAUGGCAUUUUUUACAAUUUCUUACCACAAUCGAAGUUAUUCUGAUGAUGAUUGCGUUAGUGUGGUAUUUAGUUCUUACAAUCAAAUUCAAUAGUCGACGUGCUCGACCUGAUGCUGCACAAGAAGAUUCAUCGGGAAGUUUUGCGGCAACACAAACAUCUAUAUCGGAAAGUGGUUCUCGAAACGAAGCGUAUACAGAAAAUAUACUUGAAAAACAAGCAGAUAUGAUACGUUAUUUACGUGAACGUAAUAUUUAUCUUGGACGUUUAGUGAUGCGAUAUAAAGAAGAUUUAGAUUCGACACCACAACGUUCCAAUAAUAAUGUUUAA